AUGGAUGUUAAUGUUGAUGAGAAUGAGAAUGAGAAGAAGAAAUCAAUUAAAAUUAAAAAUCAAAUUUAUAAAUUUCAAAAUCAAAUUAACAAAACCAAGAAUAGGAACUUGACCGAUACUAUCAAUCCUGUUGACCUCUCUCGACGUUCAACUCACUCUCAUCAUUCAACUUAUCAACAACAACAUCAACAUCAUCAACAACAACGACAACGACGACAUCAUCGAACUAAAUCAACCCCAGAGGAAGGAUUCGAAGUAUCUUAUAAAGAGUGGGCCCAGCGUGUCAAAGCCACUCGAGAGUCUAUCGAUCAAGCUGAUCAAGAAGAACAACAGAAACUAAGAAAGGAGAUCCUCACAGCCCGUCAGGCUCGCCGAUCACGCCAACUUUCAAUCGCGUCAACUCAGCCCGAGGCUGAGAUAUUCGAUUCGUCUCAAGAAACAACGAUCGGUUCUCGAUCAAACACUCCCUUUACCUCUUUCAAGGAGCCAACAUCGAAACAAAACUCAUCUCUCUUUAGGAUCGAUCUCACCAAUCGUAUCCAUCAUAUCAAAACUCAUCCAACUCUUGGCCAGUCUCCCGAGCGUCCUAAUCAGCGUGGUCUUCAUAUUCUUCAGGGCUUAAACCAGAUGUCCGACAACUUUCAAUCCAACCCAAAAUCUGCGGUCAAUUCCUAUUCCCGCCAUCCUUCCGACCUUUCACAAUCUAACCUUCCGAACAAAAAUCAUGCAAUCCAGUACUCUUCCAAGUUUUCCCACAAUGAUGACAAGAAACCGAUCGCAUUGGCUCAUUUCAUGGGUGCAAGGAAAGAUUUAAAUGGGCCUGUAUUGACCAAACAGCGGGUAGACGAGAAAGAGGUCAGACCUGAAGGUUGGGAACUGGCUGAGAAAAGACACGAAAUCUGGUCUAAAUCGAGCUCAGGCGGGGUAAAUAGCUUGGCAAAUUUUUUAGGCGGUGGCUCAAGUGCGAGUCAUGUUCUCAAUCCUUCUAAACGCGCGCUACCUGGUAUGGUCAGUCAGCAUAAAGUUGAAGAUGAAGGUCCCGGUCGAGAUAAUCAACAACCGGUGUCGAUGGGAAAUAGCAACACAGAAAAAUUCAAGCAGCGCAGUUUACCCAUGCCACCUAAUCACUCGACUGCCUCUUCCAUGCCUGUCACCUCUGCCAAUCAGUCCACCUUCCUCAAGCCCAAAUCUUUAGCCGAUCGUUUGGCACAGCUCGGUGUAGUGAACGACGUUCAGCACGCUAAACCUCAUCUCGCAUCUCCUAAUCCAAAUCAAGGCUCUACGUCUCUGAGCACAUCACCCAUGGCUGAAAAAUUUAUGGAUCGUCACAAGCCCUCACCGUCAAUUGACAACGAGAAGGAUGCUUAUACGGAUAAAUUGCCCAAGGCCGGACCACACCAUGUCAUCAAAUCAAAAAGCACUUACAAUCUUAGAUCGACCGCUCCGUCAGAUGAUAUCGAUACCAAAAAAAGUCCCAGACCAGCUAGUUCCUUAUUCCCUGCUACCAAGCCUGGCGCCCCUACGUUUUCCGAUAACAUCACCGUCCAACCAGAGCCGAUAACUGUCAAGAUCGAGACUACAAGACCUACUUCAAUUCGCUCUAACACCACUCAAGCUGUGCCGACCAUAGCAAAUCACAAGAACAGCAAGUCGCAAUCAUACCAUGUCCCUCCGCACGUAUCCGAUGAACAGACAAAUAACAAUUCUGGUUUAAGCGCGCCAAACAAAGUACUCACCGCCUCUCUUUCAAGAUUAGCCGGCUCUAACAUUGUUGCUCAAAGAUUGCAGUGGUCCAAGAGGAAAGAGCAGACUGGUGGUCUUGUUGACGAGUUCGGGUCUUCUGGCAAGACCUCUUCACCCCGUCUCCCUUCGAGUCAGCUUUUCACGAACAAUCAAUCGUCAAUGAACAUCACUCCUUUGUCCGAUACAAGCAAUCAUGUCGCUGCGCCUAAGAGACAUACUAUUCUAUUCGAAAGGGCAAAUCAAGUCAAGGAAGAUCCUGAGAGACAUGUCAGUCCACUUAAACCCCUUACAGAGUCUCGCUUUCGGCAUUCCGAAACAAAAUCUGUUCAAUCUGAUCUACCUCCAACACCAACGACCCCAACUGCGAAGAAUGUAAAUCAAUACAACAAGUCAAACCGGGACUCUUCUGGCGAAGAUGACGAGCUCCAAGGUGAAAACCCCCAUGACCUCAAACGCAAUAAGCAAGAAUUUGAGAUGCCCCACACACCGGCGUCGCCUGUCAAAUCAAUUGCCACUGAUUCCAAGACACCCACGACACUAAAUAAAUAUGGAUUAGGUGUUUCAUCAGGCUCACCUCUCCCUUCAAUGACGUCUUCUCCAUUGAAGCAUUUGACCAAGAAUCGAGCACGAGGGCCGCAAAGAUCUGGUAGUCGAACUAUCAGCCAACCGAAGAGCCCGGUCCCAAACCGUCGUGCUGCUCUGACAAAGGCUUUACCAGAAGUUCCGGGUUCGCACAAGUCCACUCUUCCCUCAAUUCCAUCAUUCGCACCUGUAGUCAAGAAAGGAACAAGUGAAUUAGCGGCUGCAUGGGAGAAUCAACUUCAGAAGAAAGCACAAGAUGUCCGGCCAGCUAGCUUGAUCCAAACUAGUACAAGACCUUUACCCGCUCCUCCGACUUCCAUGAAAAGUACAACUGGCUCCAACAUGGGAAGCCGGUUUGCACUUCCUGGUCUAACAGAAACCGAUUCUCCACCGGCUCUUGGUAAUACUCGACCUUUACCGGUCCCACCGAAUGCCGCGGCCACGACUGCAUCGGCUGUCUCGCCCAUUGCAAAGAAUCAAGAUUUCCAAACUGUCUUGCCUCCUACUACAUUGAAGAGACAGAAGAGAAAACGGAUCGUGGUGAAACCAACUUCAAAACUGACCCCCUUGAACUCCAAAGCUAUUUCAUUGGCCUGUCAGAAUCGAUCGAAUGAUGAAUUCAGAUUGAGUACCAUUACAAAACUCGAAAUUUUCCAAUUACACAAAGCAGAUGAUACUGAGGAAUUCAGUACCACAUUAGUCGAACCUGAAGAAUACAAUACAUUUUAUUCAGAUGAGAGUUUACUAAUCUUCUGUAAUUUGAGUGAUGGAAAACACAUUUUGUUUGUUUGGAAAGGAAAGAGGGUAACGAGGAAUGAAGCGGAAGAAGAGAUGAUCGGAAGGUUAUUAAAGAAAUACGGAAUUGAUCAAAAGUCAAGAUUGUUAAAAAUUCAACAAGGAUAUGAACCUGUAGAAUUGAUCGAAGCAUUAGGAGGAAGUUUAAUGAUCAGACUUGGAGACCGAUUUGAACUCUUUGAAAAUUGUUCAACUGUCUUCAGUUGUCGAUCUUAUCAAUCUGGGAAAUUAUUGGUCAUUGAAGAAUCGAUACUUGACUCUGAAUCAGUGAAUGAAGCUCUUUGUGCAGGAUAUUCGGCACUUAUCAAGGUUCAUGAUCAGAUUAAUGGAAAGAUGAAGUUGUUUCAAUGGAAUGGAAGUCAAUCUGAUAGGUAUGAAAGACUUCAAUGUUCACUUGUUGCACAACAAGUUCUGAAAGAAUCCAGUGAAUUUCAACCAAAACUUGUAGAGUUGGAGCAAGGCGGUGAAUCUGAUGAGUUUAGAGAUUUGUUUGGAGAAGACGAAUACGCAAUAUCAUAUCAUUGGAAGUAUAAAUCACAAGUCGGACCAACACCUUUAAUCCUUCAACUGACUUCACCAAAUAAUCAAAAUAUCACCCUCAAAGCUACUGAUAACUUUUCAACUCAUCUCAUCUCUGUCAUUCAUACCGGUCUUGAAGUCUUUGUUAUUGUUCCUGCUAGUCAAAGAUCAGAACGAUCAAUGAUUGGAAGAGCAAUGGAAGUUGGAAGUAAGAUCAAUGAACAAAUCUCUCAGAAGAAACUUGCAGUGAAUUGUUUAGUUUUCCCUACAUUGAUUCCAGUGGAUUUAAGAGCUUCAAUUAGGUUCUCUUAUGAUCUUGAACGAUUGAAUGAAGGAUUCGUACCUGAGAAAAUGAAUCUAUUAAGUUUAGAUGAAGCAUUUGAAGGUUUAGAGAAAGUUAACACUGUGAAUUAUUUAGAAGGAUCCGAAAAUCAAGAAGCUAAUGAUGAUGAUGAUGAAUUUAAAUAUUUACCUAUUGGAAUUGGACCUAAUGAAGUGAUCAUUGAAACGAUUUGAAAUAGUAAAAAAAAAUCGAUGGAAAGAAUUUUAAAAAAGAAGCAAUUUAAUGGAUUUUGAAAGUUUUCUUUUAAUUCAAUUUCUUUCAUAGGUUUUUACUGGCUAAAAAGUAAUUAGAAAGUUUAAAAUGAUCAAUUUUAGUUUAUUUUGUAGUCCUAUUGGGUCAAUUUUUUUUUGUUUCAUUGGGUUAAAGGAGGAAGAGAAGUAAAAGGAAUAAACUCUUUUAUUGCGAUCAAGGUUUUUAUUUAGAAAAAAAAACAAAAGUAGCAGGUAUAUUUUUUUUUGCAGUUUUUUGUUUUUGUUUUUAGUUUUGGUUUAAUUUAAUUUAAUUUUCUUUCAUUUAUUAGAAUCAAUCAAGAGUUCUGUCUGUAUCUCUUGUGUUUUUUUUUAAAAAAAAUUAUUUUUAAAGUUGUACUCGUUCAUCAUUUGUGUAUGGGUGUGUUAUUUUUCGUUCUAUGUGAUUUGUUUUUGUUAAAAAUCCUUUUUAUAAAAUUUGACACUUGAAUACAAAAAUACUUUUUGAGUCUUUGCC